GAGGGGGUAGUGUUCAAGCGGGCUUUUCUGCAGUGCAGGGCUGUAAUUUGCUGAAGGAGGCAAAGAACAUCCUUCGAUCUAAGUAGGGCUUUUAGUGUGCUCAUUGAUGAGUGAAAGUCGCCACACAUGUCAAGCUAAAGGCAGUUGUUGGGUUACUAACAGGACACAACGUCUUGCAAACAUAUGCGUUAAGCUGUGUAUACAGAUGGCAGGGAGAAUAAUGGAGCAGGCGCCUCUUAUAAAGCUCUAGCUGCUGCCUGUCUUCAGACCUGGGAAAUGAAACUAUUCAGACUCAGGGCCAGAUAGCGCCUGGGAUUGUUUGUUACCGUUUUAAUCCUAUUAAUUAAAACGUUAACCUGAUUGGGUAGAAAGCUCUGUCCCAACAGGCGAGUCUUCUUCAUAAUAACCUACUCUCAGAGAUAAUGAUGUAAAAGACUCCCCCGUCUGCGGCGGCUGCUGGUUGAUGGGUCCGGAAAUCUCUUGAAGGUGAAUCCAAGCAAGAUAAACGGUGGAAGCGGCUCGGCUCGCAGCGCACAAUGCCCCAGCGCGGCGCCUGCUGAGGACGAGCCGCCGCCGGAGCCGCAGCCCGAGCGGAGCCGCCGCCGGAGCCGGAGCCGGAGCCGGAGCAGGGGCGGCCGCGGCGCCGCGCACGGCGCAGCCCCGGAGGGAGCGAGGAGGCGACUGCUGAGAGCGGGACGCGAGGGAGUCGCCCGCCGCGGCGCGGAGCCUUGGAGCAGCGGGCCGGGAGCUGACGGGGGCGGAGGAGGAGGAGGAGGAGGAGAGCGGGGGGACCGAUGGAGCGGGCGCUGGGGCUGCCCGCAGAAGAGGACUUGUUCCACAAGAGCCUCGCCGCCUCGGCCAAGCGCAUGGAGUCCGCCUUCCGCUCGCCCCCGGGGCUCGACCUCUCGCACCCCCGCGACCGCCAGCCCUCGCCGCUGGCCUGCUACGAGGCGGCCGAGCCCGAGGCGCUGCUGCAGCCCGGCGUCGGCGGCGACCCGCUGGCGCUGCCGCCGGGCUCCGUGUGCGUCAAGUACGGCGAGAGCGCCAGCCGCAGCUCGGUGGCCGAGAGCAGCGGCGGCGAGCAGAGCCCCGACGACGACAGCGACGGCCGCUGCGAGCUGGUGCUGCGCGGCGCCGGGGGGGACCCGCGCGCCGCCUCGCCGGCGGCGGGCGGCGGCGGCGGCGGGGGGGGCGGGGGGCUGAAGGCGGCCGAGGGCGGCUGCUCCAACAGCCACGGGCACGGCGGCAGCAAGAAGUCCAAGGAGCAGAAGGCGCUGCGCCUCAACAUCAACGCGCGGGAGCGGCGGCGGAUGCACGACCUCAACGACGCGCUGGACGAGCUGCGCGCCGUCAUCCCCUACGCGCACAGCCCCUCGGUGCGGAAGCUCUCCAAGAUCGCCACGCUGCUGCUGGCCAAGAACUACAUCCUCAUGCAGGCGCAGGCCCUGGAGGAGAUGCGGCGCCUCGUGGCUUAUCUCAACCAGGGCCAGGCCAUCUCGGCCGCCUCGCUGCCCAGCUCUGCGGCCGCGGCCGCGGCGGCCGCGGCGGCGCUGCACCCCGCGCUCGGCGCCUACGAGCAGGCGGCCGGCUACCCCUUCAGCGCCGGGCUGCCGCCCGCCACCUCCUGCCCGGAGAAAUGUGCCAUUUUCAACAGCGUCUCCUCCAGCCUCUGCAAACAGUGCACGGAGAAGCCUUAAGCGCCGCCGCGGCCCCGCCGAGGGCGCCCCCGCGGCGGCGGCGGCGGCGGCGGCCGCGGACGGACUGCUGCGCGGCCCUGCCCGCGCGGACUGCGCCCCGCCG